AACAAACGCUUCUCUGCACAUCGUGACUGCUCUGUGCGCUUAUAUUCGGUUACUUAGCACCUUGUAUUUUUGCGCAAUCAUUUAUACGAAUGUGACAGUGAUUUCAUUUACUUGGUAAAUAUUUUCGACUAGUUUACGGUUUUAUCGCGAUCGUGACUUAUAAUAUAAUUCAUUAUAAGUAAUUCAUGCGCACAACCUCGUACAGUGGUGGAGCAAACUGACAGAGUUUGAUCAGUUCUAAAUACGUGAAAGGACCACCAAGAUAAGAACCACAGAGCUGCCAGUUUAUCAGCCAGAAUGAAGAACAUCUAUAUCAUUUGUCUUUUUUGCGCAGCUACAUUGGCAGAUGGAAUCAAGUUGAUGAACGUAGAAGGAUUUCAAGGCAGAAAUGUCUCCUUCACGUGCUCACACAAACUUGCAUGGGGGUAUGAUAAAUACUUUUGCAAAGAUCCAUGUGAGAGCGAGAAAGACAGGCUGGCUACUGUAAAAUCUGGUGGAAGAGCAGAGUCCGGGAGGAUUACUCUGGUGGAUUCUGGAGAUGGAUCCUUCACUGUGACCUUGAGUCAUCUCCAGCUGUCAGACUCACAUCAGAAAUAUUGGUGUGGAGUGGACAGGCCUGGUUUAGACACAUAUACUGAGAUACAUCUUACAGUAAAGAAAGCUGUUGAAACUGAGACAACUGUCUCACCUGAUGUUCCUACCACAUGGACAUAUCAGAAUACCAACACAACACAGUUAACAACUGGAACAGACACCAUUAAGCCUACAAAAUGUUCAACAGAAUCAUUCUCCACUGAAGAACAACCUAAAAUCAGCACAGGCACCAUUGUGUAUGCUGCAGUUGGGGGCGUUGCUAUGACCUGUCUCCUAAUGCUGACAGUAUGCUUCAGGAAGUACAGAAAAACCUCAAAACCUCAACUACAAGUUUGCUUCAACAACACAGAUCUCAGCAGUGCGCAGCAACAAGAGGGAGUAGAACAUCUUCAGAAGUUACCUGGGCGUUCCACUAUUCAUACACACCAUCAAAGACAGGAUCCACCAGCAACUGAACCAACAGAAACGACAUCAAGCGUACACCUUCAUAUCUAUGAGAACAUGUCUGUGUCCAAACUUGCUGCAGCUUCAGAACAUUCACCCACAGAGCAUCAAAAUGACCACGAUAAUAACUCUGGGAUCUACAUAAAUCCUUUGCCAGAUGCAAUAUCUGAAAGAACAGGUGUUAGCAAGUGUAGGAAACACAGAGAUAAACCUCUGACAUGCAAAAAUACAACGAGCUGUACUAAUAGUGCAUCUCCUUGUGUCUCUAGAGCCCCCUGUGAAUCCACCGAAGAGAAGCCCAGAACACUUUGGUUUGGUUUAGAUUUAUCAGGAGUAAAUCAGAGUUGAUUUCAAAGAUAAAAUUUAUAUAUUUUUCUGACUUUUAUAAGCAAAACCUAUUUCCAUCAUUAUAAACUUUUACACUAAAUGGUGCUGUUAAGUGUUUUGAUUACACAUGUGGCUUAAUAUGUGUGUCUUAAUCAAAUUUACCUUACACUGGAGAAGGAAAAUGUGUGUGAACUACCAUUUGACACUGUUAAUAUUUCUAGGUAAGUUUAGGGGAUGUGCUGGACUACAUCCCCAGUGAAUGAAUACAUUUAGCAGCUAGACUGCGUAUUUGCCUUUGGUGUGAGUUUGUAAGUGAUUUGUACUUUUUCACUUAGUUGUAGUAAUGACAUAGUUCUGCAUUUGCGAUACAUGUAGUGUAUUUUGAGAUUGAUGCUCAUCUGGAAGUAUUUUGUGGGAGGGUAGUUUCAGUAGCUCCCUUUUUAAAAAAAAUAGAGGUCACCACAGUGGAGGAAAAGCAUGUAUUCUGAUGACUCCUAGUGGCCAUAUGAUUAAAGACACGUUGGCAGAGAGCACUGAUAUAAAUAACCAAAUAUGAACUUCCUGUACCUUACUACAAAACUGAAUCAUAUUUUUGUAAUAUAAUGUCACACUGAUGCCUAGCUCUCAAUGAAGCAAAAACAAGCUGUUUCAAGAUGGCUUAAUUUGUUUGUCAAAAAGACAGUCGCUUCUUGACAUUACAUCUAAAAUAAAAACAAAGAGAAAAUUAAUAAUUUCCAACUGGAAAUAAGCCAUGAAGCAGUUUCAAAAAGAUGCAGCAGAGAGUAACAAACAAAAAUGUUGAACCCACUAAGCUCUUUGUUUAAUGCUUUCUAUAAAUAAUAGUUUCAUGUACUUUGUCUAAUAUUAAAAACUAAAUCUUCUAAUUAAAUGUCUGCUCGGCACACCUAGUUGUCCAACCAAGUCUUGUUAAUCAUGCCUGUUAACAUGCAAAUACCCCUACUUAAUAAGAAUACUUAAUAAAUGCUG